AUGCCUUUUUUUGAUGCAGAAAGAUUUGCUCGGCUUUUGGAACAAGAAGGUUUUUCUGCAGUACAAGCAAGAACAGUGAUUCAUGCCCUUGAUGACGUGGUGGAUGAAAGUACAUUUAAUGUAACGAAUGAUUUAGUCAGUAAGGCAGAUCAAGAAAGGACUAUCACUCGUUAUAAAGAAGAUUUUACAAAACUAAAGCAGGAAAUACAACAAAUGGAAAGACGUGAUGUGGAAGAAGUCAAGUCUGCCAAUGAACGCUUAAAGGCAGAAAUUGAAAAACUGAAAAAGACAUUGCGUGAAGAAUUAACUCGUAGCCAAGCUGGUGUGAGAUUAGAUUUGAAUCUAGAUAAAGGAAGAAUUCGAGAUGAAACAAUAGAGCAGCAUAAUCGGUUGCAACAAACUGACAGCAAAAUUGAAAGUGAAAUUCAGGCACUCAAAAGGCAAAUGGAAAGCAUUAAACUACAGAUUUUGCAAUAUAUGAUUGGCACAAUUACGGGUGCAGGCACACUCGUCCUGGGUAAACAAACAUGCCUAAAUCAAAACAGAAUCUAA